GCAAAUUGUUGAAAUUAGAACAAUUUAAGGAAUUAACUGAAAGAAAAGCACAAUCAACAUCUAUUUACUUAAGAGCAUUUGCAGCUUAAUUGUCAGAACAAUUGAUGAGCUAAGAUAUUGUUGUUAGAUCAUUUGAAUAUGGAUGGUUUUUGUGAUCAAGGACUACUUAACAAGAGUUUAAGGUGAUUAAGGGAAGGUCUGCUUUGUCAAAAUAGAUUCAUUUACCAGACGGCCAUGGGCAAUAAUAACGUUCGAAAUUUGUGAAGAAGCUAAGGCAAACUUAGAUAAAUGUGAAGCUUUAAGGAAACAUCCAUGUUUCAAUUCAGAUUCUCAAAAGACAAUUGAGUUAAUUAAAAAAUAUGGACAACAAUGACGGCAACUUUUCAUUUACCAUUCAAUAAUUACUCCAUUCUUUGAAG